AUGUCGGACAAGGCUGAUGACACCAUCGAAGUGAUCGGGAUCGGUCUUCCGCGAACAGGAACCUCCUCGCUGCAGGGGGCGCUCCAGAUACUGGGAUACAAUCCAUGUCAUCACAUGGUCAGCGACUGGCUGAGCGAUGCAAACGGGCGUGGCCAAAGAUGGAUGGAGGCGUGGAAUGAAACCAACAAGGCCAAAAAGCACGCCAUGAUCCGUGAUCUCUUGAAAGGCUAUAAAGCAGUCGUCGAUUUUCCGGCAAGUAUCAUGGUAGAAGACUUUGUUGAGGCGUAUCCCGACGCAAAGGUCAUUCUGUCCACCCGCAACUCCGCACAGCAAUGGCGGGAAUCCUUCUCCAAAACGCUCGAUCUCACCUACUCACCAUUGUGGUACAUUGCCACCUGGAUGUUCCCCUCGACGCGUCUUCUGGUCCUUCAAAUUGCACCGAAAUGGGAAGAACAAAACCGCCAAUUGUACAAUGCGACCGUUUACCGCACGCCCAGCACGGACAUCUACUACCGCCACAACGAGUAUUGUCGCAGGGUUGUCCCCAAGGAAAGGCUAUUGGAGUACCGCGCAGGAGAAGGGUGGGAGCGACUUUGCGAAUUCCUCGGAAAAGAAGUGCCCUCGGGCCAAGAAUAUCCUAGGCUUUUUGCAAAGGAGGAUCUGAGGAGGUGGUUUCUGGCAGGAGCUGCCAUCGGCUGCGUGAUGUGGGCUGCGGGAAUUGCUGCUUGUGCGACGAUCUGGUAUUUCGGUGUGCCAUUCCUGAGGAGCAGGUGGGGACCUGGGAGAGUCGAACUGUAA